AUGUCAGCCAAUAAAGUCAUCUCCAGCUCCUUCAUCAAAAAGGUGGCGAAUGGUGGUCGCUCGAUCGAGGUCAAAUUUGCAACCAAGACCGAUGCUUGGAAGCGAACACAACUCUCACAGGAAGUCAAAGACGCAUUCGCGGAUGCCGUACAGAAGGCCGAUGUGCCCACUGGUGCCACGGCCGCAGUCUUGAGUGAAACCGAGCAUCCCAGCAAGAAAGAUUCUUACCCUCAUUACACCACCCACUGGCAAGAUGCGAACGGGAACCACGUCACAACCAAGCAUGUUUACCCUACCAAAUAG